UUAAUUAAUGGGCAAAGUCACAUAAACUCAGAGUGCACUGCACAUGGCUUAAAUACACUAAAUCCACUUGCUGGUGCCCUCACAGUUGACAGACGAUUGGUCAUGUGACCAUUUUGGGCAAAAUGGCCGAGGACGAAACAUUGACAGAAGAUGUGGCAUCAUGGAUGAAAGGGGCCAAAGACGGAGAGGAAGAAUUCCAGCUUCGACUCGCUCAGCAUUAUCUGAAACUUGCAGACAGCAAAGAUGGCUCUGAGCGAGACCAGAAUGGGAAGUUGGCUGUCUGCUGGUUCGUGGCUUCAUCAAAGCAGGGCAACAGUGAUGCCACUAAAAAACUUAAGGACCUUGUUGAUGAUGACAGUCCAUGGAUAAACAAUGACAACAAGGAGGAUGUGGUCUGGUGCGUGUCAACCUCCACCUUGGAGAAGAAGAUACGCUACGCAGCCCGUAACAUGUUCCACACCAUCAACUCUGCCCAGAAGGAGGUCCUGUCCUCAGAGGAAUACUCAGAGGCCAUCAAGAAACUGACAGGAGGCAGAGAGCAAAAGCUGCUGCUUGCUGCGGGUAAAAAGAUUGGAGAGAACAUAUCGGAGAAUGAGUUUGUGAAGAUCCUGUCUCGCAAGAUACAAGGUGAUAUGACCUUGACCUCCACUGAAAGGUCAGCUGCGUACGAGGCUGCAGGAUGGUUUGAAAAGAUUGCUAAAUACCCAAAGGAGACCGCCUCGGCUGUUGGGGAGGCUGCCUUGGAAUUUGCCUCACGUGACGGGCUGAGCAUAGUCGCAGGCUGGAUCCCUGUCGAUCAGAUCUAUUUCCUCACACUGUUCUUUGUUUAUGGAUUUAUCUCACCAAAAUUCCUCCUACUGGUACUACCGCUGCUUGUGUUCUACAUUUCCUACGCUACCAUCAUUAUAACAACUCUACAGAUGUUUUACAAGAAACGAAAGCUGCAAGAGGCCUCAGCGCUGGCGGAGGUCUUGAAAGAGUAUGAUAUAGGAGUUGACGUAGACCAGACUCAGUCUCAAUACACCUGGAACUCUUUGACUCCGUACCUGAUCUACUUUGCUACAAUCCCGCUGGUCGUUUCCAGCUUUUCUUUGGCUGAUAAAACCUACAUUCCUUGCUCAGAGCUGUGUGUCUUAAACAGUAUACUAUGUGGGAUUUGUUUCGUAGCAAUCAGUGAUAGUCACGAUCUGGUUACCCUCCUAGCCUUGUUUUGCAAUUUUCUUGCAGGGUUGCCCGUGUUUUUGAUGCACUUUCCAGAGAUUCCAGUUGUUGCAUCCAUAGUGAAAAUCAUUUCGGGCAAUUUUGUAUCUCUUGAGCUCUACAGUGGGUUAAGGUUGAACAUAGGUAUUCCUUCUCUCUGUUAUUGUCUGAUUCCAGUUUUCUUUAUACAGAUGGCUGUCCGUAAGUCCUUUACUGGCAUGUACCGAGUGGCAGUCCCACAUCUUGUUUGCUAUUUCUGGUUUGAGUUGAUAACAACCAUGUACCCAUUUGCGACUUGGUUUGGGCUGGCUAGAGCAACAGUUGGAUAUGUAAUGUUGCCAGUGUUGAUUCCACUCAGCAUGUUUUUUGUUGUUAUUGGUGGAGUUUAUGUCUUCAUAAAAUUACUGUCCUCAGACCUGUUUGGAAAAGUUGUGAUCACACUGCUGCUUGGAUGUAUCCCUGUACUUUUGACACAGACAAAGAAGCUGUUUGGAGGAAAGUUUGAUAAAAGGUUCAGUGUCUUGAAAAAGAUUUUGAUGGUGAUGUUUGCAAUCCUGGCCGUAAUUCCGCUAAUUUUUGUCCGUUUUCCAUCAGAUGAGGGGGCUCAUAUGGAUAAACUUACUGCUGAGAAUUUUCAUGCAGUUUGUAACGCUGACAAGGAAAACAUGAUGAAAUGUAAUGCACUGAAGGGAGCCAAGAUUCUAUGGCAGGGUGAAAUAACAUCGAUGGCGGUUACGGGAGUCACAAAUGAGGUAUCUUCAACGCUUGAUGUUUUCCCCGUUUUCAUAUCAAAGCAGCUGCGGAGAAUUUAUGGGAAGAAAUACCAAUGCGAUGAUGAUGAGCUUACUGAGCAAGGCAAAGAACACUGUAAACUGAUGGUUUCCCUUGGUUAUGUGUAUGGUCUGGAACACUACAAUAAGUACAAUUUCAAUUUUGGCGUGAAGCUCACGAAUGGCAUGCCUGUAUCGAUAGAGGCUGGAUCAGGCUUUCAGAAAACCUUUCUGGCGCUCAAUGUUGGUGAUACUGUGGAAAUCAAGGCAACAAUUUCGGACGCGCUGUCUCGACCAGUGAAACUGCACCUGAAGAAAUUAAAAUGUCUCAGUCGUGAUGUGGUUUUAGUUGAAGAUGAGGCAGAUGAUGAGGAUUUCUUCUAUAAUCUGUUCCAGGAAUCGUUCAGUGUGGCCUUCAACUUCUUCUGGUAUCCUCUUGUUGAGUUCGUACCACAGAUACGGUCGGGAAAUAUCAUGGAGAUUGACGAUCUUAUUAAGUGAGGCUAGGGUUCUAAUUGAAUAUGUUUUGUAUUUUUAACCAGGUUUUCCGAAGGAAAAAACUGGUUAUUAGAUUGGCGAAUGCGGGCGGGCUGGCUGGCUGGCUGGCGGGCUGGCUGGCGGGCGGGCGGAACAAGCUUGUCCGGGCCAUAACUAUGUCGUUCAUUGUCAGAUCAUUUGGCACAUUUGUUCACCAUCAUUGGACGGUGUGUCGUGCGAAAUAAUUACGUCCAUAUCUCCAAGGUCAAGGUACCACUUUGAGUUCAAAGGUCAAAAAUGGCCAUAAAUGAGCUUGUCCUGGCCAUAACUAUGUCAUUUAUUGUGAGAUUUUAAAAUCAUUUGGCACAUUUGUUCACCAUCAUGGGACGGUGUGUUGCACGAAAUAAUCACGUCAAUAUCUCCAAUGUCAAGGUCGCCACGACAAAAAAUAGAUUUUUUUUAAAAACAAACUUACAAAGGGGGUUAAUUUUGUUUGUUCAUUUCAAAAGUUCAGUUUGAGUUUUCUCCCUUUAUCAGAUUUUUUUUUCACAAUGAAAACCUGGUUUUGUGACAAUUUUGUCCCUUGUUGUUGCAUGUUUUCAUUUCGUUACAUUUGUUUUAUAUAUUCAUAAUUUUUAUAAAACUUAUUUGUAGAACAAGAAAAUCAUGGAGCAUGAAGUCAAAUUUGUUGCGUUGUUAAACUAAUUGUCGAAUAUAAGAACUCAUUAAAGCUUUGUUAAGUAUUAUGAUUUUUAUUGAUACAGUAUCUGCGUAAAAUAUAUUGUUCGAACAAACAUGUUAAAUGUUUAGUGUAAGCUAGCAACUAUAACACUUUAAUUAUGUUUUUUAGCUCACCUGAGCACAAUGUGCUAAUGGUUAGCUUUUGUGAUCGCCUUUUGUUUAUCAACCGUCGUGCGUCAUGGUCGUGGUUGUGCGUCUUGCGUUGUAAACAUUUGCCAUGUUAACACUCUAGAGGCCACUUUUAUUGUCAGAUCAUCAUGAAAUUUGGUCAGAAGAUUUAUUCCAAUAAUAUCUUGAACGAGGUCGAAAAUGGUUCCAGUUGGUUAAAAAACAUGGCCGCCAGGGGGCGGGGCAUUUGUCCUUAUAUGGCUUUAGUAAAACCUUGUGAACACUCUAGAGGCCACAUUGAUUGUCCUAUCAUUAAAAUUUUUGUCCCCAUGAUAUCUUGGACGAGUUUGAAAAUGGUUCAGUUGCUUGAAAAACAUGGCCACUUGGGGGCAAGGCAUUUCCUUAUAUGGCUAUUUAUUGCUAUUGUAAAACCUUGUUAACACUCUAAAGGCAACAUUUAUUGUCUUGAUCUUCAUGAAACUUGGUCAAAAGAUUUGUGCCAAUGAUGUAUUUGUCGAGUUUGUAAAUGGUUCCAGUUGCUUGAAAAACAUGGCAACUAUGGGUGGGGCAUUUUCACUUAUAUGGCUAUAGUAAAUACUUGUUAACACUCUUAUAGUCUCAUUUAAAGUCCAAUCUUCAUGAAACUUGGUCAGAACAUUUGUUCUAAUGAUAUCUUGGAUGAGUUUGAUAAUGAUUCUGGUCUCUUGAAAAACAUGGCCACCGGGGGCGGGGAAUUAAUCCUUAUAUGGCAAUAGUAAAACCUUGUUAUCACUCUUAUAAGUUACAUUUAUAGUUCACUCUUCAUGAAACUUUGUCAGAACAUUUGUUCUAAUGAUAUCUUGGGCUGCACAGAACAGGUCUGUUUCUUUGUAUAUCACGUGAGAAACUUUGGGCCUUUUAUGCCCUCUUGUUUUUUCUUUAUCUGAAACAGCACUCCUUCUAAAUAGAAUAUUUUGUGCCGGCGCUUAUUGGUUAACGUAUGAAAACUGUACAAAGAUGCUCAGUUGGGUGUUAGUUUCAAAUUAUUUAUAUUGUAAGUGUUUACAUGUGCAUAAGGGGGACAUUGACGGCCACAGGAGUAAGGGUUUUGAAAACUUCUACUGUGGCUGCCUCAUAUAUGUGGGGAGGUAGUGGUUGUAUUACUGGCCUUGGGUAGAAUGAGAAUUUAUAAGAGCCUUUUGAAGUUUGUAUGUGUCUAAAACAAUGGUUACUGCUGAGUCUGGAUCUGCGGUCAACAGGAACAAGGAGAUUAUCUGAAGGAGUGAUGGUAACUUUAUGGUGGAUAAUUUUAUAUGACUUGAUUACACAAAAUUUUGUUCUGUGUGUGUUCAAGAGUGGGCCAAUUUAUUCUCUCUAUGUGCUUUAACAAAAUAUUGCAUUUAAAGAGAUAUGCAAUGAACUUGCUUAUUUUUAUAUUUUGAUUUGUUUAAUUUCGCCAUAUUGGUAGCAGAAGCCCUUUUUAGUAAACAAAUUCCUUUUUUUACUGAUAACAUGUCCAGCUAAGACCUAUUGCUGUUAGAUAUAGAAAACUUAACUAGCCUAUAAAUGGCAUAUGAACAAAUGCAGCUGAUUUUUUUGCAAAAAAAAAUAGCAGGCGUCUUUGUGUUAUUGACACAGGUUUAGUUUAAAUUAUAUUUUGCCAUUGAAUUAUUUUGUUUGUUGGGGUAAUUAUAUAUAUGUAUGUGAGUGGUAAUUUGAUUAUUAUACUAAUUUGUAUUCAAUCUUUCAACAAGGACCUGCCAUCUCGCUUUUGAGCUUAUUAAAUGUUACCCUUAUUUAUUAAAGAAGUUGAUUUUCGUUAUUUUACAUGUUUUUGUAGUUUUUUAUUUCGUAGUAAUAGUUUUUGUAUCUGUUGAUUUGUUUUGUAUUUUGUUUGUCUUAUAUUAUAACUUCAUCAUAUCUGUCUUUAACUACUGAAAGACAGAUAGUGUAUGCUUCUGUUAAUGUUAUUCAAAUGGGAAUUUUUAGCAAAAUAUAUUUUUUCAACAUGGAUAUCAUUAACGUAACCGUUUCACAAAACACAUUUUGUUGAUUUUUUUAAAAAGCCGUUGACAGCUCGCAAGUCUUUCAUGUUUAUGUCUCUGUUAAUAUCUUUUUGUUUUGUAUAAAGUAUAAAACAAGAUUGACAUUUGUUUUUGGUCACAAUUUAUUUGAUUAAUUAAAAUGAAUAUAGAACAAUUGGAAAAUAUAGGAUCUUGCAUGAGUGGUCGUUUUGUAUUGAAUUUAUUAAACGAGUCAUCUAAAUGAAGAUAAAAACGAGGCUUGCCGAGUUUUUAUCUUUAUUUAGAUAGCGAGUUUAAUACUUUUAAUACAAAAUGACCACGAAUCUGAGAUUCUAUUUAUAACAUGACCAACACAUUUUCUUUUUAUUUUAUGCUCUUUUCACCGUUUAUUUAAAUACUGAAUGUAAUAAGUCAUGUAACUGACAUUUUUAUACAUUUUUACUUUUUUCCAUUUUUGUGUUUAUUAAGGUGACAUACAUCAACUGUUAAAAUAUUAAGUCAACCUUUUUGGUAAAAAUAAUGUUUUUUUUCGAAUGUUUAUUUAAACUGUAAAAGAGUUUAACUGAAGAAAUUCACUGUAAUAAUGACGUCAUUUCGUCACAAAAAUGUUAUAUAACUGUGAAAUGACGCAUGUCAUUUCCUGAAUGUAAAAAGUAGCGUUACUGACAUUUUGUUAAAUUUUCAGGAGAAGCAAAAAGAUGUUUAAUUGCAAUAAUAAACAUUUUUCCGUAUUCAAAUUUUCUGAUUAGUAUUAUAAUAACACUUGAAAAACGAAACAAAACUCCAAAUUGAUAUGUCUUUUUUAAAACAAUCAAAAUUUAAGAAAGGAGCAGUUAUCAUAAUUUCAACACUGAAAUAUUUUGAGCGCAAAAAAUAACGUAAGUGCUCUUACUGUAUUUUGGAAAAUGUCUGAAAAUAUGCUUUCCUGAAAAAUUCACAAAAUGUCAGUUACCCUAAUUAUUACAUUCAGUAGACGUAGUGUAAUAACACCCAUGUAUAAACAUAAUUGAGAAUUAUGUUAUUUCACUCCUGGAACGUAGGUCAUGUUAUAACAGUAAAUACAUGAUACUUUUUGGAAGGCCAUAUUCUAUUUUCAUAUUGGCUGAGUUGGUGUGAUAUGGAUAUAUUUUAUACUGUAUCUAUAAAUUUUGUCAUCAUAAUCGAAUUUUUGACAUAUAAUGCUUGUUUGAAAUUUCCCAUAGGGCUAAAUAUUAAAUGUCAAUAGCUUAGAACAAAUUGCAGGUAUGCAUGUAAUGUAUGAAAUACAGAUUGAUUCGUGCAUUGUAUAGCUUUGAACAUCCAGGUAUGCAAGUAGUUUAUGAAAUACUAACUGAUUUGUGCAAGCCAUGUUUGAGCUAAGACUUUAAAACCCCAAUGCUUUGCAUUGACCGUUCCAAGGCGGUGACCCCAGCUUUAUUCAUAUUUUGUGUUUAUGUUGGUUUGUAUUGUGCUGUAUUGUGCUGUUUUGUACUGUUUGGGCAAUCGGUCAAUUACCUUAAAUAAAGGACCAACUAAUUGUUUUUAAUGAAAAUUCAAUACUGCUCCAGCAGCUGGAGUUUCACUUCUUUAUAUUGCAUGAGAUUGAAUUUGAAUUCAGAAAUUAUUUAAUCUUAUGACAUUAAAUACGAGGCUGUAGCACAUUUGUAAUGUUUUGUCUUCCGUAACAUUGUGACUUUUGAUGUUAAGUUUUAUUUUUAAGAUUUAUUAUCGGUAUACAUACUAGCUGUUUUUUUUAAGUCUGCACUUUAUGACAAAUCCUUUUUGAUAUUUUAUAUUCUUGUGCAUUAUUUCAUAUUGCGGUGCAUCACGUUUAUGUAAACUAGUACCUUUUAUGGGAUGUUAUUUUGUAUGGAUUUUUGUUUGGGUACAAUAAGGUAAAUACCUUAAGCUUAAGUUUAUAAUAAAUUAGCAAAUUAA